AUGGCGAUUGUAUCAUUCUUAAUCGAGGUCCAAAGAAAAGCGGUAGAGCACACCUUACAGUCAACAUUGCUAUUGGCAUUUGCUGUACCAGUCAUCUACGUCGUCCUAAACGAGUUCGUUCGGGCGAACGCACGUAUCUCCGGCUUGAAAGGACCCAGAGGUUUACCAAUAGUCGGUAACAUCUGGGACAUUCGUACAAAUGCUGCUGAGAAGUACCGGAAAUGGUCAAAGCUCUACGGCGGUGUAUACCAAAUCCAACUUGGUAACAUUCCUGUAGUCGUUGUUAACACCGCUGCGACGGCAAAGGUUAUUUUCGGCCAGAACUCCCAGGCGCUAGCCUCGCGCCCAGAAUUCUACACUUUCCACAGGGUAGUAUCGGAUACCUCUGGGACUACUAUCGGUACAUCCCCAUAUAGUGACUCGCUCAAGCGACGAAGAAAAGGUGCCGCAUCCGCACUCAACCGCCCAUCCGUCGCCACCUAUAUCGAGCAUCUUGAUACGGAGUCUCGUGACUUCGUCAACGAGCUAUAUACGUAUGGCAAAGCUGGAACAGAACCAGUCGACCCUAUGCCCAUGAUCCAGCGAUUGUCCUUGUCACUCGCACUGACCCUCAACUGGGGAACACGCAUGGGCAGUCAGAAAGACGACCUCUUCCACGAGAUUACGCAUGUCGAAGAAGAAAUCAGUCGGUUCCGUUCCACUACGGGUAAUCUUCAGGACUACAUUCCACUCCUGCGAAUCUUGCCUUUCAACUCCCACUCUGCCAAAGCCAAGGAGAUGCGCCAGCGUCGCGAUAUCUACUUAAAUGACUUGAACAAGGGCCUCGAUGAGCGUAUGGCAACCGGAACGUACAGACCAUGUAUUCAAGCCAACGUGAUGAACGACAGAGAAGCCAAGCUAAAUACUGAAGAGAUGACAUCGAUUAGUUUGACUAUGCUUUCCGGUGGGCUGGAUACUAUCACAACUCAAGUCGCUUGGUUCUGCGCUCUGCUUGUUAACCGACCUGAUAUCCAGGACAAGGCUGUUUCGGAGAUCCGGAAACUCUUUGGAGAUGAUAAGCCACUCUGCGACAAAGAUGACGACCAACAAUGCCCUUACAUUGUGGCACUCGUGCGCGAGUCGUUACGCUACUACACCGUGCUGCGAUUGGCCUUACCAAAGUGCUCGAUCAGAGAUGUGAUCUACAAUGGUGUCACUAUUCCGAAAGGAACUGUCGUGUUCUUGAACUCCUGGGCGUGCAAUAUGGACGAUGAGACAUGGACUGACCCAGAGGUUUUCCGUCCUGAACGAUACCUCGAGCAACCAGAUGCACCCAUGUUCACCUUUGGCAUGGGUUACCGUAUGUGCGCUGGUUCGCUACUGGCCAACCGAGAGCUUUAUCUCGUAUACAUGCGAUUGUUGAACAGCUUCAAGAUAGAAAAGGCGGGUGAGAUUGACUCUCAUCCUUUGACUGGAAACUGUGAUCCGACCAGUCUGGUGGCCAUGCCUAACCGUUUUCGAGCUUUGUUUGUACCCCGAAAUGAGAAGGCGCUGUCGCGAGCAUUGAAGGCCUCGUCGUGA